CAGCGACAGUAGUAUGAACGGAUACGAUUUGAAACCGUGCUCACCUGUAACGGUACAACCACCCAAAACCUCGAAAAAAUAACAGUGUGCUUGUUGUAAGAAGAGAAGUGAAGAAAGAACGCGGGAAAACUUCAUAGCAGAGUACAAUGCCGGAGCUACCGGAGGUCGAGGCAGCGAGGAGAGCGGUGGAAGAGAACUGUGUCGGGAAGAAAAUAACCAAGUGCAUCGUUGCUGAUGAUUCCAAAGUCAUCGAAGGUAUCUCUCGCUCCGAGUUUGAAGCUUCAGUUGUUGGCAAGACAAUCGUUGCAGCUCGCCGGAAGGGCAAAAACAUGUGGCUUCAACUUGAUUCUCCUCCUUUUCCUUCCUUCCAAUUCGGCAUGGCUGGUGCUAUAUACAUCAAGGGCGUUGCAGUAACAAAGUAUAAAAGGUCUGCUGUAAAUGACAAGGAUGAAUGGCCUUCCAAACAUUCUAAAUUCUUUAUUCAGCUAAAUGAUGGUUUGGAGAUGUCUUUCACCGACAAAAGGCGAUUUGCUAGAGUUCGCCUGCUCAAAGAUCCGACAUCAGUGCCUCCCAUAUCUGAGCUUGGUCCUGAUGCACUCUUUGAACCCAUGACACUUGACGACUUUACUGAACGUUUGCACAAGAAAAAAACUGAAAUCAAGGCUUUAUUACUAGAUCAAAGCUAUAUUUCAGGUAUUGGAAAUUGGGUUGCAGAUGAAGUGCUGUAUCAAGCAAGGAUUCAUCCACGGCAGACAGCUUCUACUCUGUCGGGAGAAGGCUGCUCAACUUUGCAUAAGUGCAUUAAAGAGGUUAUUGAAUAUGCGGUUGAAGUUGAUGCUGACUGUACCCGUUUUCCCCUUGAAUGGUUAUUUCAUUCUCGAUGGGGAAAAAAGCCUGGAAAAAUAAGUGUUGAAGUUGGAGCAGAUAGUAGUCAAUAUCCCACUAAUUGGAUAUUUCAUUCUCGCGAAAAGAAGCCUGGCAAAGCUUUUAUUGAUGGGAAAAAUAUUGACUUCAUCACAGCAGGUGGCAGGACAACUGCUUAUGUGCCGGAGUUGCAAAAGCUAAGUGGAUCACAAGAGUUAAAAGAAAACAGUAAGCCUAGAGGGAAAUCCUCCAAGAAAACAAGUGUAGACAAUGGUAACAAUGAUGACGUUGAGAAUCCUACAAAGAUGGAAGAAGAGAAUUCAGGAAGUCUCAAACCAAAGAACGGGGCAAAGGCUGGAGCUAAAGGUAGGAAAACUUCCAAAAGAAAAAAGACCGAGGAAAGAGACGAUGACAAUGAUGGUGAUGCUGGUACUGAUAAUGAGGAUGACAGUGGUCAAGUUGAAAAGAAGAAACCAGGCCAGACGAUUAACAAGAAACAAGCUACGGGAGAGAAGCAAUCGAAGAAAAGUGUUCAAGGCAGUCAAAAUAGCAGGAGUACUAGGAGUAAAGGUAAGUAGCAACUAUUGAACUUGAACAGUUUUGCCAUGGCUGUAUUCACACUCAGCUCUAGAACAAGACAAGGAUUUUAUCAUGUUCCUGUUGGUGGGCGUUGCUUCAACAAGUUAUGAUUACUGUAUGAUAAUUUAAUUUCCACAUGUUAACCAGACAAAUGUUGAAUGCCUUCAGUUUUUGCAACUAAUUAUAAUAUUAACGCCUUGUGAACAGUGUAUUUUUUAGGCCUAAAAUUUGUUUUUGGUCUAUGCCAUAUUUUCAUUGA